GCCACCUCUAACCGCGCACGUGUUGGAUUCUUGUUUUGGACAAAAAUUGUUGCAUUCUCUAUUUUGAGCAUUUCUCGCGUGGAUCAUGGGCAAAUUCCGUUCAAAGCUGAAGCGCCAUGGCAAGGGCAAGACAUGGUCCAAGGGCCAGUCGGCGGUCUCCAAUCCCGACCAGAUGAAGCAUCGCCUGAAAGCAAAAUCACGCUUCUUUCAGCCCAAUCUAAGCCUGGCGGCUGCCACGCCCACUGGCCUCACAAUGGAGGCGGUGCACAAGCAUGAGCAACGACAGGCCUACAAUGCUGAAACCACAACCGUCAACGAUGUGGCCGGUAGCCUGAUGAGCUUCAACCUGAACGAUGACGAGGACGAAGGCAUGUCCGGUACGGGCACAGCGCCCUCUGGGACCGCCCAGACCUUCAAGACCUUUGCCUCCAAUUACACCAGCUGCAGCAACAUGAGCUUCAAGAAGCUCUUAACCGGCUUUCGGGCCUCUUCUGAUCUGCACAAGGAAAUGCUGGCCAUACUCAGUGCCCUAACCGAAAUCAUACGCGAAAAGGGUGGCAGUGAAACGUCCACAGAGUACUUUCUGCUGCUGAUGGAACAGAUUGAGGCGGCCAAGGAGGAGCGUGACAUUAUAGCCGGUUUAUCGUUGCUUUCCAUGGGCAUUAAGUCGGUGCCAGCGCCCGUGCUGCGUCGACGCUUUGCCCAGACAGCUGCCACGAUGCAGGCCCUGCUCCAGCGAUUUAUAGAGUCCAGCAAUCAGUCGGUCAUCCGUUAUAUUGUUGGCUGCCUUUCGGUGCUGCUGCGUGCCCAGGAAUAUGCCACAUGGACUUAUAGCUCUACGUUCCAGUACUUUGAUGCCCUGCUGGCUUUUAGUAUUCACUCCAAGCCCAAGAUACGCAAGGCCGCCCAGCAUGCAGUGGUGUCUGUUAUCCAUGGCAGUUGCUUCAUGCUGCCGCCGGUGAAAGUAAACGAAGAUGAAGAUGAGGAUGUAACGGAGAAGAAGGAGCCACAGCCAGAUCAGCCCAAGGUGAAGCAUCAUCCAGCAAGCAGCCGGGUUACCAAAUUCUGUCUUGCCCAAUUCAAGCCCGAGGUUUUGGCCAAUGCCCAGACCACGGUGCUGUACACACUGGCCUUGCUCAAGGAUACACUGUCCGGUUUCCGGACGGAAGAUAUACGCAAUGUGUGCGAGCAUUUGCUGUCCAUUAUGACGGCAGCCAAUGUGCUCGUCCGGACCAACUGCUUCCAAGUGCUGCAUGGUCUCUUCCUUACCCGCAGUCCCAAUUUGAAUGCCUCGCUGUGCGCCAAGCUCUUGGCCGCCAUCCAUGAGUAUCGUCCGGAUCGCAGCGAUGUCCGUCAGAUGCUGGCCUGGAUCACAGUUUUGAAGGAGGGUCAUCUUCAUUUGGCCACCCUCCAGCUGGAUCUGUGCAUGCAGGCUCUGCCGCGUCUCGUUGAUGUCUGCACCACCGACUUGUGGCUAUCGGAUCGCACGGAGCUGGUGGUUGGCGUCUCGAAUUGUAUCAAGGAGCUGCUUCAGGAUUGUGUGGCCAAGGCCUGUGGCUCCACAGAACCGGAGGCAGUGCAGCGGAAUCGCCCGAGUGUGGCCAGAAUAAUUGAGUCCAUGCACAAGGUUUUGAAUGCUCCGUUCGGUGAGAUCUCCAAAUAUGUGAUUCUCAUCUUUUCCAUUGUCUUUGAGGCGUGUGGCAAGCAAUUUGGCAAGGAGCUAACACCAUCUCUGCUGACCAUAGCCAAGCGCUAUGACACCCAGAGCAGCCAUCGCCUCCAGAUCGAGCACACACUGAUCAGUGCCAUCAAGGCCUUGGGACCGGAACUGGUGCUCACAGCGAUACCCCUGGCGGAUGCCAAGACCGGCGGCAUGCAAAUGGAACGCUCUUGGCUAUUGCCGCUGCUGCGCGAGGGCGCCAAGGGUGCUAGUUUGCAGUUCUUUUGGGAGAAGAUAAUACCCCUGGCCAAGGAUUGUCAUGUAAAGUGGCUGGACAAGACCACGCCCGCCACAGCGCACAUCUACGAGCUGCUGUGCUGCCAGCUGUGGGGCCUGUUCCCUGGCUUCUGUCGCCAGCCCCGGGAUCCCGAAUAUCUGCGACACUUGGCUCCCACCUUGGGCAAUACCCUCGAUCAGAAUCCCGAGUUGAGGUCACCCAUCUAUGAUGGUCUGAUGGAGCUGCUGGACGAGAGCCAGAGCCCGGAGUGCCAUCAGGCAAUUGGCAUGUUUGCCAAGAAUUUCCUUCCCCGCCUGAUCAACAUUUACAUCCAAAAGCCGAAGGGCACCUACGAGGCGGAUCUGCGAAAGCGCUGCCUGGAAGUGAUACGUUCGUACAUUGCCCGUUCGCCCACGGAUGUCCAGCUGCAGCUCUUUGAGACCGCCCAGACUCAGUUGGCGGCCACGGCGGUGGCCAGCUUUGAGUACGAUGCCAUGUUUGAUAUUAAUGCCGCCAUUGUGAGGGUGCAAAAGUGCCGCAGCAUCGAGACUUACUUUGAGAAGCACAUGGCGCCCAUUCUGAGGAACGACAAGUCCAAGCUGGUGGCCAAGGAUGAGCAGAAGCUGAAGAAGCAGCAGAGGAAGACCUAUGAACUACUGCGCGAACUGAUGACCUCGGAGCAGGCUUCCUGCCAGAAGUUUACCCGCAAGAACAGCCAGGUGCUGCAGCAAAUCCUCCUGGAGGCAUUCAACACCAGCUGCAGUGUGUGUCAGGCCUCGCGUUUGUACUGCCUUAAAUCCCUCCUGGAUUGCCGCAAUAAUCUCGCCUACAAUGAUCAGCUGGUGAUGAAGGCCAUUCCCGAGGCCGUGCUCAAUUACAAGGAGUUCAGCACACGCAAGGAGUCGGUGGCCGAGCAGCUAAUUAAAUUCAUUGCCCAACUGUAUCAGGAUGCCGGGAAAAUCAAUGAUUUUGUGGAUAUUCUAACCGCUGGCUUUACCGGCGAUGAAUCUUUGGUGACAAACACAAUCCUGGCCUUCAGGAGUGUCAUCCAGCAGCAGGGCCAGCACCUGACAGUGGCCACCUUGGAGUUUGUGCUGCAACAGGUAUCUGUGUUUCUGGUGCAAAAGUCGCGCAAUCAAUCGGAGGCAGCGGUGGCCUUUCUGAUCACCUACAUCAAGGUGAUGCCCAUACCCCUGGUGUCCAAUCAUCUGGAGACGAUUAUGCGCUCUUUGUCUGCGAUGACCAAGGAUACGAAGCGUUAUUGUCGCAUUCAAAUUGGGUAUUUCCUGAAAAAGCUCUGCAAGCGCUUUACCACCGAGGAGCUGGCACGCUUUGUGCCCGGCGAUGAUGAGAUCACCCAUCGCAGGCUCAAGAAGAUACGCAAACAAAUGCGCAGGGAUACGCGCAAGAAGCUGAACGAGGAGGCCCAGGCGGAUAGCUCCGAUGAAGAGCUUGCCGGUGGCAAUUUGGAGCAAAAGAGCUAUACCAUUGAUGAUAUUCUGGCUGACUCAGACUCGGAUCUGCCCGAGGACGAAAUGGAUGCGGAGGAUGUAGACGGCGGCGUGGCUGGCAAGCGACGCAACAACAAAACCAAGCAGCCCAAAAAGAGCACCUACAUACGCGAGGAUCCCGACGAGAUUGUCGAUCUGGCCGAUCUCAAGUCCAUUGGCAAUGUGCUAACCAGUGGCUCUGCUGCUCAAACGGUGGCCGCCGCCAAGAGCCUCAAGCAGAAACCUCAGUUGCCCAACGGUGGCUUCAAGACGGCCGACGAUGGCCGCCUGAUUAUCAGCGACAAGGCUCUGCGCGGCCAAGAUGCCGCCGGUGACUCCUCGGAUGAUUCCGAUGAUGAAUCAAUGGAGGAUGAUGCCAAGGAGCCCAAGGCCAAGCGUGGCAUGGAGGAGGACUCCAGCGAUGAGGAGGAACUGCAGCAGCAAUCAGCGGGUGCGGGUGCCAAGCGCAAGCGCAAGGCCAGCGAUGCGCUGAGCAUGAAAUCCGGUAAGACAACAGCCAGUAGUCGUCGUACCACCGCCACCGCCGGUGGUGGCAAGGGCAUUCAUCGACAGCUGGGAGGAGGAGCUGGAAACACAGAUGCCAUGUCCAUGAAGUCGGGAAAAUCGGGUAAAUCCAUCAGCCGAACAGCGGGCAGUGAAUAUACCAGCAAAAAGGCCAAGGGAGACAUGAAGAAGCGCGGCCAACUAGAUCCCUAUGCGUACAUACCGCUCACCAGGAAUACGCUCAACAAGAGAAAACGUUCAAUGAACUCGAGAAAAUUCAAGAGCGUUUUGCGUGGAGCUGGCGCCGAGACUGGCGGAGGAGGCGGCGGCGGAGGCCGUGUGUCCAAGAAAUACAAAUAGGCUGGUGAACCGGGGGUAUCAUUGGACUUCCAACUAACUGGAGAUCAUAAAGCUAUAGAGAUAAUAAGAGCCGGAUGAUAAGCUGAUGACUGAGAAGCUGGCGAGACGUUGGAUGAUUAUUUCCGCACCCCUGUUACCUUGCUUACAAAAUAUAUAUAUAAACAAAUAUUAUAUAAUUAA